AUGGUCCAUUAUGCAUUAACCACCAUAGAACAAACCGUUCAACGACUUUGGUUUACUUCAACAAUGGCGUCCUCCUCCUCUGUUCCUCGUGUAUCCAAGUAUGACGUGUUCCUCAGCUUCAGAGGAGAAGACACUCGCAAAACCAUCGUCAGCCACCUAUACGCCGCACUUGAUAGCAGAGGGAUUGUUACAUUCAAAGACGACCAAAGACUUGAGAUAGGUGAUCACAUUUCCGACCAACUCCACAUAGCCCUCAAGGGUUCGAGCUUCGCGGUUGUGGUUCUGUCCGAGAACUACGCUACCUCGAGGUGGUGCUUAAUGGAACUUCAGUUGAUAAUGGAGUUUAUGAAGGAGGGAACACUUGAAGUCUUCCCUGUCUUCUAUGGAGUUGAUCCUUCCACCGUCAGGCAUCAGCUAGGGAGUUUCUCUUUAGAACGGUACAAGGGUCGUCCAGAAAUGGUGCACAAAGUUCAAAAGUGGAGAGAAGCUCUUCACCUAAUAGCUAACCUUUCAGGCGUGGAUUCAAGACACUGCGUUGAUGAGGCUGUUAUGGUUGGAGAAAUUGCCAAAGACAUAUCAAGACGUGUGACACUGAUGCAGAAAAUAGACUCAGGCAAUAUUGUUGGGAUGAAAGCUCACAUGGAAGGUCUUAAUCAUCUACUGGAUCUUGAGUCCAAUGAGGCUGUAGUGAUAGGAAUCUGGGGAAUGGGAGGGAUUGGGAAAACCUCAAUAGCCAAGUGUCUCUAUGACCAGCUCUCACCUAGAUUUAGAGGUCGUUGUUUCAUAGAAAACAUCAAGAGUGUUAGUAAAGAGCAUGACCAUGAUCUAAAGCAUUUUCAGAAAGAAAUGCUCUGCAUUAUCCUCUCUGAUGAUAUUAGCUUAUGGAGCGUGGAAGCUGGAUGUCAAGAGAUAAAGAAGAGGCUUGGGCACCAAAAGGUUUUUCUUGUGCUUGAUGGUGUGGAUAAAGUGGCGCAGGUACACGCUUUGGCCAAAGAGAAAAACUGGUUUGGUCCAGGGAGCCGAAUCAUCAUAACAACUAGAGAUAUGGGCUUGCUGAACACCUGUGGAGUAGAAAACGUUUAUGAGGUUAAGUGCUUGAAUGAUAAGGAUGCUCUCAAGAUGUUUAAACAGAUUGCUUUUGAAGGAGGAGGAGGAACAACUCUCAAUCCUCCUCCUUGUGAUGGUUUUGAACAACUCUCAAUCCGAGCUACUCGGCUUUCUCACGGUCUUCCUUCUGCUAUUCAAGCCCAUGCAUUGUUUCUCCGUGGAAGGACGGCUGCUCCUGAGGUGUGGGAGGAAGCUUUAACUGCACUUGAAAGCAGCCUUGACGAGAAUACAAUGGAAAUCUUGAAAAUUAGCUACGAGGGAUUACCAAAACCACACCAGAAUGUGUUCCUUCAUGUUGCUUGUCUCUUCAACGGAGACACUCUCCAGCGUAUCAAUUCCCUUCUCCAUGGACCCAUACCUCAGAGCAGCCUGUGGAUAAGAGUUUUAGCUGAGAAGUCUCUCAUCAAAAUAUCAACCAACGGAUCUGUAAUCAUGCAUAAGUUGGUUGAACAAAUGGCAAGAGAAAUGAUCCGUGACGACAGUUCUUUGUCUCGAAAAUUCCUCAGAGAUCCUCACGAUAUUUGCUAUGCACUGACUAAUUUCAGAGAUGGAGGUGAACAAACUGAAUGCAUGUCCCUACACUCGUGUAACCUGGCCUGUGCAUUUUCCAUGAAGGCCAGUGUCGUUGGCCAUAUGCAUAAUCUCAAGUUUCUAAAAGUCUACAAGCAUGUAGAUUCCAGAGAGUCAAAGCUGCAACUCAUUCCAGACCAACAUCUCUUGCCUCCUAGCCUACGGCUAUUCCACUGGGAUGCAUUCCCCUUGAGAACCCUGCCUUCUGAUGCUGAUCCAUAUUUUCUUGUUGAACUCAAUCUGCGUCACAGUGAUUUAGAAACGCUCUGGAGCGGAACACCGAUGUUGGAGAGUUUGAAGAGACUAGAUGUAACAGGAUCUAAGCAUCUCAAGCAACUUCCAGAUCUUUCAAGUAUCACUAGUCUUGAGGAACUGGCUUUGGAACACUGCACAAGACUAAAAGGCAUUCCAGCGAGUAUUGGAAAAAGAUCUAGCAUAAAGAAGCUUAAGUUAUCUUACUGUGGAGGCCUUAGAAGUGCCUUGAAGUUUUUUAUACGGAAACCUACAAUGCAGCAACAUGUUGGACUGGAGUUUCCAGACGCAAAAGUGAAAAUGGAUGCACUUAUAAACAUAUCCAUUGGUGGAGACAUAAGUUUUGAGUUCUGUUCAAAAUUUAGAGGAACUGCUGAAUAUGUUUCUUUUAACUCUGACCAACAGAUCCCUGUCACAUCUUCAAUGAAUAUGCAGCAAACGCCUUGGCUUAUCUCAGAGUGCAACAGAUUCAACUCCCUUUGGAUCAUGAGGUUCAGCCACAAAGAAAACGGUGAAUCUUUCUCCUUUGACAGCUUUCCAGAUUUUCCUGAUCUUAAAGAGCUAAAGCUAGUGAACUUAAACAUCCGGAAGAUACCAUCUGGGGUUCAUGGGAUCCAUAAGUUGGAGUUCAUAGAGAAGCUGGACCUCAGUGGGAAUGAUUUUGAGAACUUACCAGAAGCUAUGAAUGGUCUCUCCCGUUUGAAAACUCUCUGGCUUAGAAACUGCUUCAAGCUCAAGGAGUUGCCAAAGCUAACACAGGUCCAGACACUGACUCUUACCAACUGUAGGAACCUCAGAUCACUGUUGAAAGUAUCUGACACAAGUGAGGAACAAGGAAGAUACUGUUUGCUUGAGCUUUGCCUUGAAAACUGCAACAAUGUUGAGUUUUUGUCAGACCAGCUCAGUCAUUUCACCAAGUUGACAAAUUUAGAUCUCAGCGGCCAUGAGUUUGAUGCAUUGCCAUCAAGCAUCAGAGAUCUUACCGCACUGGUAACUCUUUGCCUUAAUAACUGCAAGAAUCUCAGAUCAGUGGAAAAACUCCCACUGAGUCUACAGUUUCUUGAUGCACAUGGAUGUGAUUCCCUUGAAGAAGCUGAUUCUGUAGAACAUUUUAGGGACAAACCAAACGAAGAGGUAAAGCAAAGAACCUUUUUCAAAGAAACUGAGAUGCCCUUUUAUGUACUGAAUCAUCAAGCCACAAGGAUCUGCCAUAUCAUCCACCUUCUCAAGAAUACAACUGCACUCAUGUUUAUAGGCAUUCCUAUCUGCAUCAUGCUAGUGGCUGUUCUAGUUGCUUCUCUCCUACGUGUUUUCAAGUGAACUUCAAGGCUCAAAACUAAUGUGUAACCGCUAAGUAAUAGUGUUAUACAUUAUUUUGCAGGGAGCGCGACUGUGAUCAGUUUCACCACACCUCCUACAGUUCCUUGCUCUUCACCCUAUGACACCUUGUUGCAUGAACAAUCAAUUUGAUGUUGAGAACUUUCAAUAACGGUUAAUGAUAUUAAUAACAACUCACAUCAGUGCAUGUUCGGUAUA